AUGGCGCUCACGCUUGGGCUGCUUCCGCUUUUGGAAGCCGCGCCGGUCGCCAAGAUCGUCUGCGUGAGCUCGGCCCUUCACCAGUUGGCGCCAACGAUGGGUAUUGACUUUGACCAUAUCAACGACGAGGCCGUGUACGGCAUGCACGCGGCGUACGGUCAAUCCAAGCUGGCGAUGAUUCUCUUUGCGCGCGAGCUCCACAAGCGGCUGCGGGCGCGGGGUGUCAACCACGUGUAUGUCACCUCGCUGCACCCGGGUGUCGUCCAGACCGAAAUCGCCCGUGAGCUGCCAUGGAUCGUGCAAAAGGCGCUUUGGCUCUUCCAGCGCAACGCCGACGAUGGGGCCAAAACGCAACUCUACUGCGCGACGAGCCCCGAGAUUGAAAAGAAAGACCUCUCGGGUCUCUAUUUCACGGCAAUUGCGAAACUGAAGGAGACGACGACACUCGGUCAGGACAUGGACCUCGCGGCCAAGCUCUGGACCUUCACGGAGGAGCUCAUUGCGUCCAAGACCCCAUCCAACUAG